GAUGUCACCAUUACCAGAACCAAACAAUAAUGGUAUUUAAACACCUGAGAAUAGAGAAGUAAGUUUAGUAUUUAAAUUUAGGUGUUCAGAUUCAUUUACAAGAACAAAGAAUAUGAUUUUACAGAAUAUGUUCCUAAACAUCCUGCAGGAAAAAGCUUCUUCGAUAAAAUGAAGGAUGAGAAAUAAGAUAUCACAGAAUAUUUUAGGUAUAUCUAUUUCCAUAUGUUAGAUGUCUACAUUCAAAGAAAGCGUUGAAAAUAUUGAAAUCUUAAAAAGUUGUACGUAGUGAUCUUAAGGAAUCAGAAGAUAGCAAACGAUAUUCUCAUAUCAAGAAACAAGUUAAAGAUCUCUUUAAACCUGAUUGGACUAUUGAAAUCCUUCUUUUCAUAGGAUUGAGUCUUGGAUUAUAUUUAGGUGUCACAACUGAUUGGUACAUUGCAAUACCAACAAUUGCAUUAACAUAGAUAGUUGCUGGGUAUUUGAUAUAUUAUAUAAAAUUUAGAUGGUAAGGUCAUUCAACAAAUCAUAAUCGACAUCCAUUAUUAUAUAAAUUGUCCAUUCCUUAUGGUAUUAUCCAUGGAUUCUCUACAGAUUGGUGGUAAUUUAAACAUAACAAUCAUCAUAUCUUCACAAAUCGUAUUGGUAAAGAUGAUGACAUAGAUCACACAUAUUAAAUGUGGUAAUACGGAUUCCUAUAUUUAAAGUAACUAUUUAUUUAAAUAUUUUAACAGAUGGAAAUUCGAUUCAAUUCUUGCAUCCUAUAAUAAAAUUGACAUUAUCUAUGUGUUGUUACAUUAAAUCAUUGUAUUCUAAUAAAAAAUUUGGAUCUAUUUGAUUGCACAAUAUAUUGCAGGAUUCUUUAGUGCAUGUAUUCUAAUUGGUAAUCAUGAAAGAGAAUAUAAAUUUUAUAAAAAAAUUGAUAAGCCAUUUAUUGAGCAUUAAAUCAUCACUUCUAGAAAUUAUGAUUGGACAGGUAUUUUUUUAAUAUAAAUCUAUAUAGAUUGGUUAUCCAAUUUAUUAAUGGGAGGUAUGUAAUUCUAAACAGAACAUCAUUUAUUCCCUCAAAUCCCAUUUUAUAGAUUACCCUAUGCAGCCAAAAUUAUUAACAGAGAAUUAAACAAAUUUGGAUAUAAAAUCCAUAUAGGAAAGAUCUUGUGAU